AUGCCAGACAACACGGAGACCGCUGGCGAGAGCGUCGCCUACAUCAAUGCAUUGGUGUAUACUGUAGAUACCUCAAAACCGUGGGUAUCUGCUUUCAUUGUAUCACACGAUGGCUUCUUUACACACGUUGGGUCUACGGAGGCUGUCCUAUCUGAAGCGAAACAAUUUCACAUGGUCGUUGUUGAUCUGAAAGGUCAUUUUACGAUGCCGGGCAUCCAUGAUGCGCACAUGCACCUCUUGUAUUCUGGACUGGCCCUUACAUCAAACGCGGCCAUCGAUAUGGACGCUACCCACCUGGAUAUCGCCGAAAAAGUCAAACAUGGGAGUUGCACUUGCGAGUAUAUGAAUGCAUACCAAGACUGGGUCCUAGCCAGUGCUUACAACAAUCAAGGUUUCCCUGACGGCGUUGCAGACCGCAAAUAUCUCGAUAAGCUCUUUCCGGAUCAACCUGUUGUGGUGUCGGGAGGUGCAGCACACGCGAUGCUGUUGAACACAGCUGCCUUGAUUCAAGCAGGUUACGAUAUCGAGAAUGAGCCAGAUACACACGGAGGCAAGUUCUUUCGCAGACCUGAUGGCAGUCUCACUGGCGAGCUCGCAGAAAGCGCAAUGGCGAAAGCUGCACUCUCCAUUCCAGCGCCUAACCGCGCGCAUGUCAAGCGUGCACUAAAGCAUGCCAUUCGACUUGCGCACAAGGCAGGUGUGACAAGCACACAAGAAGCAAGCUCCAAUACGAUCAUGUUGCAAGUUCUGAACGAGAUGGAAAGAGAGGGUUCAUUACAGUUGGACAUAUCUACCCACAUUGUGCACGAGAACGAAUGGCUUGCCUCUGAGAGCAAAGAGAGUCUACAAAAACUACUAGAAGUCGCCGAUCAGCAUGCAAGCAAACACAUCGAUACGCGCUUCGUCAAGAUCAUGAUGGACGGUGUGCCUCUUCCACCACUGUUCACACACGCAUCAUUGAACGACCAAGAAGAAAUCGAUCAUAGCAUGAUUGUACCAGAGAACGUUGCUGACGCCGUGCUCAAGUACGACAAGAAAGGGUUGACAGUUAAGAUCCAUUGCACUGGGACCGGGGCAACAAGACACGCACUUAACGCAAUCGAAGCAGCGAGAAAGAGUAACCCUGGCGGCCCAAGGCAUGAAAUUGCACACAAUUCUGGCGUUCACGAUGAUGACUUCAAGCGCUACGCUCCUCUUAAUGUUACUGCAGAGAUGUCACCUGCCGAGCUCUUUUUGCAUCCUGUUACAGCUGCUAGUGAGGGUCUGAUGAAUUGGAACUUCGCUAAGAUGAUUGAUGCUGGUGCCCAUAUUACCAUCGGCUCGGAUUGGGGUGCUGUGCCUGACCCUUCGCUUUUCCAACACAUGGCAAACAUCGUCGAGAUAGUAAGGAAAGGUGAUAAGGCGGCAGGUGGACAAGUAUUAUGCCGGAUGAUGACGCUAAAUGGGGCCAUAGCCGUAAACAGAGAGAAAGAGUUGGGCAGCAUAGAAGUUGGGAAGAAGGCAAACUUCAUCGUCAUGAGUAAAGAUCUCAGCAAGGGCGAAUUUGACGGCGCGAAGGUAUUGCGGACGUACUUCGAAGGAGAGAAGGUUUGGGACGCCAAUGAGUGA